UGUACACCAGGACGACAGGCGUUGUUAUGCACUUCAGAUAGCGCUGCAACGCUUUUAGAAGUAUCAGUGUUGGUUUUAGCACAAAAUACGUUUCAUCGUCAUAAAGCCACAGUGUGACAAUGGCAACGUCGACUGCUCUGGACUUCCAUUCUCAGAUUGCCUCCAUCAUGGAGGUGCUCGCUAAUGCAGCCGUUGCAGAAAUUUGUAAAGUUGUGGACGACGGAUACGCGGUAGUUCAUUUGGAAAUGUCCCAGAGCCAGAAGGAGAACGAGUUUCUGCGAAGGAAAAUCAAACUGCUGGAAGUGCAGAUCGCCAGGUACCGAGCGGAGAGAGUGAGGGCAGCAGAGGGCUCAGGGCUCAUCAGCAGCCGCUUCCCCGGGGUCCGCCUGCUCCACCCGCACAACACGGACUCACUGGCUGGCCCCUCUCUUCAAGGCAGGACCAGGUUUCUGAACCAAGGUCCAGUGGCUCAGCAGUCUGUGCAGAAGACCCAGCCUAUGAACCUGGAUCAGGAUCCUGAUCAGGAGGUUGUGACCACCACCAAAACAGAGUCAGCAGAGCCUGAGGAGGAGGGGGAGCUCCUGGUAGUCAAGGUGGAGGGAGCGAUGGAGACCGGAACCACCAACCAUGAGGUGCCAGUAGAGGCCUGCAUCAGCAGCAGAGGCGACGCAGACACUGCCACAUCGCCCCCGACUGCCUCGAAGGACACCAGCAACAGCCAGAUGGCCAGACCACGCAACGAAAUGGAGGGCCAGGGAUGUCUGACAAACAUGAGCAUCCGUCAGAGCAAGGAGGAACAGAUGGAUGAAGUGCAAGCUGUCUUUGCUGUGGGCUCAUCAGGUGACACCCCAGAGAAACACAGUCCCCCCCAAACGCCACAGGAAUGGCAGGAGAGCAGUGAGACUGAAGAUAUGGAGUGGCCAUCUUGUUCCACAUUCACACCACAAAUACUAGCGGGAAACUCAUCAUUUAGGCAAAUAAAGACAAACCCUACCUCUAGUUUCCCCACUGCUUCUAAAAGGCCUCAGUGUGACAUUGACCAGGCAAGCACCGCAUCUAAGCUUGACAUCAUUGUGAUCAACUCACUUUCACAUGCAGCAGAGGACAGCUGCAGUGGGGUGCUGUUGUCUGGACAAGGUGGCGACAACAGAGCUGAAGAAGUGACACCUCUCAUUGGUGAGAGCAACACCACUGCGAGUUCACAGUAUCAGCCACUGCUGUGUAUUCAGAUCAAUGAGGCACCCAGUGAGGUGAUGUUUGAAGGUAGUGCAGCCUACAGUGAUUGCAUUUCUACCUUUAACCCCCCCGCUGUUACCAAGGGGAUAGUGGACUCCCAGCAACAGCAAACUCAGCAUUCUUGGUCAGGAAUCAGGGCGAUAGACACUGUCCACUUCUCUGGUCAAAACCAUCCCUAUCAACCACCUAACAGUGAGAACCAGGAGUCUGGGUCAGCACAGUCCCAGCAGCAGCCACAGGCCUGCCUCCCUUAUGCCUGCACCUUCUGUUCACAUCGUUAUGCUCACCAGUGCCAACUGCGCAUUCAUGAGCGCGUCCACACAGGGGAGAAGCCCUACCAGUGCAUCCAGUGUGGGAAGAGUUUCGGCCAAGUCUGCAGCCUCAAGCGCCAUCAAAUGGUCCACACUGGGGAGAGGCCGUUCCCCUGCCCCCAUUGCGGGAAGCAGUUCUCUACCUCGACCAACCUGAAAGUCCACCAGAGUGUCCACACUGGGGAGAAGAGGUUCCAUUGCUCCAAGUGUGGCAAGAACUUCUCCUUCCUCAGCAACCUCAUCAGGCACCAGGCUCUUCACACUGCCAACCCGUGCUUCAACCAUUCCUCCUCCAACUGUCAUCUUCAUCGAGUAGAGAUAAUACUGACCAGUAACAGGGCCAACCCAACACCCACUGUGGCCAGGAUUCAGAGCACGCAGGACAGGAUGGCGAGUCAUGUGGAUUUCCAGACUCAGGUGGCGUCCAUCAUGGAGGUGCUGGCUAACGCCGCGGUGGCUGAGAUCUGUCAGCUCUUGGACGAUGGGUUUGCCGCCCUGCGACUGGAAAUAUCCCGGAGUCAGCGGGAGAACCUGGCCCUGAAGAGCAGACUGCAGGUGAUGGAGGUCCGCUCAGGACAGCAGUCCCACAGAGAGCUCACCCCCCUGCCGCUGGAGUUCACCUGUACCAGGCAAGAUCCUGCCAUUACCAAGUCCAACACACUAGAGAAGAGUGAUGCUCAACAGCCACUGGUCAGUGCUGCAAAGUCAGUGAUUGUGACAGAGCAGCUGGUGGAGCAAGAGGUGGAUGUGAUAAAGAAGGAAAGGCUGGAGGAGGAGCUGAUGGGCUGCAACAUGCUGGAAGACCAUGAGGCAGCUCCUAACAGCAGCAUUGGACCUCCAUCUCUCACUCUUGGAACUGACAGCAAUCGCCCCCUGAGUGUUGAAGCAGAAGUCUCCAGAGUCAGUGUGUCAGAUCGUUAUGAAAGGGCAGACUUUGCCAGACCUGAAGCUCAGCAGCAGGUUGAGAAAGAGGGAGUGGCAGAGGCUAGUACUCUGGACCCAUACGUUCAUCUAGUAGACCAGAACCACAGAGCCGCUCCAAGAGGUUCUGCUCCCAACACAGCCGUGGAAAUGACAGAGUUGACCAGAGAAGAAGACAAACAUGUGGAUCACAGUGACUUUCUGCCUGCUGAGUACGGUAUUACUAAACUUCCUGAUGUAGAGUCUCCACUGAUAAAGACUCUGGAUUCAGAACUGUCACUGACAAAUACUGUAGUGAAGGGUUUGUGUGGUGAUACAGCAGACUGGAGGGGAGAGGCAGUGUCAACAGCAGUCAAGCUAGAGGCUGAACCUUCCUGGGAUGAAGCUUUUAUGACACCGAGUCCUUUAGUUUCCGUCACUAGAAAUGAGUGUCUGGGUAACAGCAGGUCAACUAACAGUCACCACACACAGAGUGAGCCGGCAGAGCUGGACACUGGCAGCUUGGACUCUUGCUCUUUUGAUGACCUGUUUUCCUCUCCAGAGGGGUCCAGGUCUCUGACAGCUCCUCACAAAAACUCUACAGACAGAGUCCAAGGCAUGGAGGAGCCACUGUCGUCCUCAUCUUUUCCUUUACUGAACUGCAGGAGCAGCUUUGGAAACUCUUCCAUGUCAGACUCUCUAACUGCCUCCUCCUUCAGUAAUGCCUCCUCUGACUGCAGGAGUAGAAGCUUCCCCAGCAGCACGGAGCAAGCGUUUAGCUGCCAGCAGUGCCCCCGCCUAUUUUCUACCUCCAGAGACCUGAUGGUGCACCAGCGCUCCCAUGCCGGGGAGAGGAUCUACCACUGCCACCUCUGUAAGAAGCCCUUCGUCCACCCACACCAGCUGAAAACCCACCAGCGGGUGCACACGGGGGAGAAACCGUUCAGCUGCUCUCAGUGCGGCAAACGCUUCUCCCAGUCCAGCCACAUCAAGAGACACAUGAGCGUCCACACAGGGGAGAAGCGCUAUGUCUGCAGCCUGUGUGGCAAACGCUUCUCACAGGCCUGCAGCCUCAAGGUGCACCAGGCUGUCCACACUGGAGAGAGGCCCUACAGCUGCACCAAGUGUGGCAAGAGCUUCUCUGUGCUGGGAAACUUGGUCCGCCACCAGAGCAUCCAUAUCACCAAGUGAACAUCAUAUGACAACAUAUGAAGUCAGGAGGGCUCAUUAUAAUGUCUGUUAGAAAGUAUUUCAAGACUGAAUAUUGUUCUGGCUGCUGUCAGUUUUUAG